AUGUAUGUUAACGUAGACGGAGUGGAUAUUUCACUCGACCAUAAUGGUGUAGUGAAAAUGGUGAAAGGCGACUGUACUACAACAAUUUCGUUAGUACCACCAAGUGAAGAAGAAAUAGCAACUCGAAAUGGAUAUCGUGACGGUACUUACCUAUGUAGACCACUGCAAUCAUCGCAAUCCCAGGAGGCAAUUAAUCAAGACUGA